AAAAUGGCUGUGCUGUUGAUUUCGUAGGUUGCUCCUUUAAAUGGUUAAUUUUCUCGUGAAACUUUUGAAAUAUUGGUCUUAAAAACUUUUAUAACAGAUUAUUGUUUCUACCGUUAAUUGACUUAUCAUAUUUUGUGUCAAGAUGUCGGACGGUAAUAGUCCCAGUGUUAUAAGUUACUUGAGACAGUACAGAUUUCAAAGGAAACCAACCGCCGAUGGUUCUAGCGGUGUGGUUGUCACGAACAACCCUUCGGGUUCCCAAACCAUAAGGAUGCCAGCUCCAUCACCAGUGAACCGAUCUGGCCCGCAAGUAAUUAACCGCAAUGGCCCUAUUGUGUACAAACGGAUCCGGCUACAGGACUCUGAUUCUGAUGAUGCGCCCACACCACCGAAGAAGCCAGCUAUUCAGAUUCAGAGGCCAGUGACUCAGGCCCAGGGUACUGCUCAGCAGCAACCUGAGAUAACUACUGCAGUACGAGAGAGGAGGUUCAAGAACAUGCUGGAAAUGUUCCCGGAUUUGCCACCUUUGUUCGUGAAAACUGUACUACACAAGCACGGUUGGAGCGAAGAACGCGCCAGGGAUGAGCUCCUCAAACAUGAUCCGGAGAGCAAUGACAAAACCACUUAUAAAGCCUACUCCGGUCCCCGUCCUGGCUUCUCGGGGCAAAGCAAUGGCAUGCCCAUCAGGGUGAUCAGCGGCCCUUCAGCUGGUAGACCUAUUGUGGUGAAGAGGUCAUUGAAUGCUAGUGGAGGCAGGGCGAGGAGAGGUAGUAGUGGAAGUGAAGACGAUGAUUAUGGAGUCAAGAAAGGGAAGGAUGAUAGGGUUUAUGACAGUGACGAUUCGGACAACGAAAUAACUGACGACCUAAUAGGUGACAAGCGGAAAGUGUUCGAGUUUCUUAACACUAGCAACAUGAACGAACUGUCUCUGCUCAGCGGAUGUUCGCAGAAGAAGGCCGAGGCCAUCAUGUCUUUGAGGCCGUUCAAGGGUUGGCUUGAUAUGGUAGAAAAAUUCAACAGCAACAAAUCACUAAGCACGGAGCUAUUGAACUCUACCCAAGAGUUGUUGUCGACGAGGAACAACAUCCAGCGUCUGAUGAAGAAGUGCGUGGGCUUGGCUCAGCAGCUGGAGGCUGCUGUGGCGGCCGGCGCGGGGAGAUUGAAACAGCCGGCCAUAUUGGAUUCGAGUUUAACUCUAGCCCCGUACCAGCUGGUCGGGCUCAAUUGGCUCGCGGUGCUCCACAAGCAAGGGGUCUCGGGCAUUCUGGCAGACGAGAUGGGGCUCGGGAAGACUGUGCAAGUGAUCGCUUUCCUUGCCCAUCUGAAGGAGACCCAGCAGGCUAGAGGCACACAUCUUAUUGUGGUACCGGCUUCUACAUUAGACAAUUGGAGCGGCGAAUUGUCUCGUUGGUGCCCCUCACUGCGCGUGAGCAAGUACUACGGCCACCCCGAAGAGCGCAGACAGUUAAGGAUCGAGUACUCUAAGAAUCUUAGCAACUAUGACGUAGUUCUGACCACAUACACGAUGGUUAGCAGUUGUCCAGAGGAGCGCAAGAUGUUCCGUAUAACGCCGAUGCACUACGUCAUUUAUGACGAAGCUCAUAUGCUCAAGAACAUGUCCACGCAGAGAUACGACAAUUUGCUUAAAAUUAAGUCCAAACAUCGCCUCCUACUUACCGGCACGCCUCUGCAGAACAAUCUUCUAGAACUUAUGUCCCUUCUCUGCUUCGUGAUGCCACACAUGUUCUCCGGAAAGACGGACGAUCUGAAGAGCUUGUUCCAGAAGAAUGCUAAAUCAAAGACAACGAACCAAAAAAAAGCCGACGACAAAGCGGAAGACGAGGAGCCGGCGUUCGAGAAGACUCAGAUCACUCAGGCCAAGAGAAUUAUGAAGCCGUUCGUCCUGAGAAGACUGAAGAGGGAUGUCUUACAAGACCUGCCCAAGAAGACCAACCAAACGGUCCCGUGUCCGAUGUCCGAUAGACAACAGCAGUUGUAUAAGGCGCUGAUUGCUGGCUUCCAGGCCAAGGAUGGAUUGGUCCACGCAACGACAGAGCAGAGUGGCAUGUCCAUGAUGAUGGAUAUGCGCAAGCUGGCCAACCACCCGGCUUUGCUCCGGUACUACUACCAAGAGGAACAGGUCAGAAAAAUGGCGACACGUUUAGCCAGAGAUCAGACUUACAAAGAGAAGAAUGAACAAUACGUUUAUGAAGACCUCAUGUGCCUCUCAGACUUCCAAAUACACCAGCUCACGCUUAACCAUAAUUGCAUCAGCACCUUCGGUCUACCAGAAAACUUCAUCUUAGACUCGGGCAAAUUCAAGAAGCUUGACGAGAUGCUGCCAAGAUUGAAAGCGGACGGGCACCGAGUGCUCGUGUUCAGCCAGUUCACCAUGAUGCUGGACAUCUUGGAGCCCUACCUCGCGCUCAGGAAAUACCGUUACUUGAGACUAGAUGGCAGCACCGCUGUCAAUGACCGACAAGAGCUAAUAGACCAGUAUAACACGGAAGACAUCUUCGUGUUCCUGCUGUCGACGCGCGCGGGCGGGCUCGGCAUCAACCUGACUGCCGCGGACACCGUCAUCAUCCACGACAUAGACUUCAACCCUUACAACGACAAGCAGGCGGAAGAUAGGUGUCACCGAAUGGGUCAAACACGACCGGUCACAAUUUACAGACUUCUCAGUUCAGGGACCAUUGAGGAGGGCAUUUAUCAAGUCGCCCAGGAGAAACUCAACUUGGAGAAACACGUCACUGGAGAGGAUGAGAACGAAUCCACCGAACAGAAGAACGUGGUGCGUCUGCUGUCAGCCGCCCUGGGCCUCACUUCGCCCAACAAAUGAUUGUCGGCCGCCGACGACCCAAUCGUCAUCGACUAGUGACGGCUCCGCCUCACACACGUGACUAGUGCUGUGUAUAAUGUGUUAAACAUGUGUGAAACAUCUGAAGUGUAGUGCAAUGUGCGGCUGAUUUCGGUCGAGUUCACUCGAGGACUCCAUAAAAUGGAUAUACAAAUGAGUGAAGGCUGUGAACCAAAGCCAUGUUAUGUUCUAGUGCUGUGCAUUUGAGCGUCUAUAAUUGGAGACUUGUUUGAUUUUAAUGUGGCUUGCCUUCACUUAGCAUCUAAACUUGAAGCUUCAUCAAUCAAGCAUCAGGUAAAAUAAUUAUCACUCAAGGGUUCAUAGAGACCUGAAAACGGAACUUCGAAUCACCAAAAUUUGAAUUUAAGAACUCAAGUCUUGUACAUCAUUGGUACUGCGAAUAGUAUAAGAAAUUAAACACUGAAGACAAGACAUGAUGAAAAGCCAUGAGAUUAUUUUUCAGACUUGAUUUGUUGUGUAGUAAUAUACUUACUGGCAGCGUCGCCAUGUGGAGACCAAGGUGAUGUGAUAUAAAUGAGAUAUUCGUAGACUUAUCACCAUGUAAUCUACAAUUCCUAUAGUCCUCAAAAUAUAACUUUGAACUCUGUGACAGCAGGAUCUUACUAUAAGUGUGAGAAAACAGUCCAUAAAAUGGUUGCAUUUUUAAGAAGAGUAAUGAUAACUUGACAUCUCAUACAUGACAUGACAGUCAUACUACUAAAUAUUCUAAAACUUGGAAAUAUCGCACUUCUUUAAAUUAUUAACGUACUUGACAAAAUGAAGUUUUCCGAGUAGUACUAUUAAAUAAGAGUAGUAAUUUACGAAAACCGGUUCAGAAUUUAUUUUUUUAUCUCACUGAUAUUGUUUUUUCUUGCAAGUGUUACUUAAAAUAUUUUCCCUGCACAGAGGCUAAUGUAAUGUACGUAUAUUCUAGAUUACAAAUGUAAAAAAUAUAUAACAGAAGGACUGAGUAAAUUAUGAAAAUGUAGAUAGAAAUAAAGUUGAUCGCGAAAUAUAUGCUUUUCUUCCCGUCACUUUAGUAUUGCCACUUUUAGAAGUCGCCUCGGCAAUAUUCAACGGCGCAAAAUAGCACAACCUACCUCCGAAUUAAACCGACUUUAAACAAUAAAAUAAAGACCUUAUAACAAGCACAAUGUGACUUAAAAUCCAAGAAAUAAAAUGUUUCCUGCUAUCUCGAUCAAAAUAGUAGUUCAAUGCGUAACGUUCAACUCGCGGAUUCAAACGGUACGCUCUGAUUGGCUCAACCGCUCAAAUAUUUUCGCGCCGUACAAAAAUUUUACUACUGCGCAGGUAUAUCGGUGUAACUUUUAAAAGUGGUAAUACUGGACUUGUAUUGGCCACUUGCUUGCGCCCUAUUUCAUUGAUGAUGUUUUUGUAACUGAUUUUAAACUUUCGCGUGUUUGUAUUGCACGUAAGUCACUUCCCCCGAGCCCAGGGCCCUAAUAACAUAUAUGAAUUAACUUACUAUGAGUGACUAUGAAUAAUGAUUUCUGCGUUUGACUGUACAUACAUUCAUAAACCCGGAGUGCGAGUUUGUGGCGAAUGACAAGAUGUUUUCCCUGACUUCCCCUCCGGGAAAAGGGUCUGAUGUAUGUUUUAACAUGAUUAAUAGCAAAUUCGGAAGAUGUAAAUAUGUUUAGUUUAACCUAAAGUAAUGGGUUACUUUAAUUUCAAAUUCUUGUGAAUAAUGUUGUUUGAUGUAGAUCGCUAAAUAAAUAAGAUUUGUAAAUGUAUACGUGAAAAUCAAAAUGUACUUGAAUAUAACUAAUAUAAUAGUGAAUAACAUACUAUUUUGUAUUAAAUUAUUGUAUACUGCAAGAAGAAUGUAAUGUAAUUAUUUAAAAGCUUUGAAGCUUUCAUUCAUGAAUCAUCAAAUACAUUUUGGAAUUUUCGUUUAAGUAGUGAUUAAUUUUUAGUAUUUUUUAAGUAAAUUUAAAAAAAAAUACUUGCAGAAUUAUUUGAAACUUAAGAUUCAACCGUCUUAGAUAGUAGAGAAUAAUCAUUUAUAUAAGGUGCAUUCAAAUUAAGUGCAAUAUCCCGAUCUUACAUUGAACCAAGGUGCUAUAUUUUACAGCCAUUUGCUCUACAUACCUCAUCUAAAUUAGCUCCCAUAGCGUGCGGCUAAAGUGACAAAUAAAAAUAAAUAAUAUUUUAUUCACAAGAUGGAAUAUUAAGAAAAUAUAAAAAAAUAAUAAUGAGAAAUACGGAUUUAAGUUUGUAACUGUUUUUCUCAAAUGAAGUAUGUACUACAUGCAAUGUAAAUUAUAAUAUCCAUAGUACUUUAUACCCAUGAGAAUUAUAUUAACAUAAUUUAUAUGCACCUAAUGUACUUGCCUUUCUCAUGCUCCACUGUCUCAUGUCGAAAACCGCAUGUAAAUCUGUCACCCAUUUAUUAGAACAGAGUAAAAUGCGGCGGACUUUGAGUCGUAAAAAAGUUGCUCUGUCGAUAAAGUUGCACCGCCAAAGUUACAAAAUUAGAUUAAUUAAACUUAUGUUCCGUUUGUUAGUUAAUUUAUUUUAUAUGUAUACUAGUUAAUUUUAUAGAAUAGACACAUUCCGAACACA